UAAAAAGUAUGUCACAUGAGUACACUAGUAAGUGAUGGUGUAGCAUUUUUGACAGACUCUUUACUAUGUAGGAUGCUGUUUUAGACGCAGCCUCAGGACUGUGAAUCCAAGAUGGCGGACGAACAACAGGAAACAUCAGUGGGAGAGAUGGAGGGAGUCAACUGCCUGGCCCAUGACGAGGCCAUCAUGGCACAGCAAGACCGAAUUCAGCAGGAAAUAGCCACAAGUACACCACUGGUGUCAGACAGGCAGGAUCUGUCUGUGCUUGAGAGUGAGUAUGCUGCGGAGGACACAAUCUAUCAACUCAAGAUUAAGGAUCUUCACAAAAAAUAUUCAUAUAUUCGGAAGACACGGCCCGAUGGAAAUUGUUUCUACAGAGCCUUUGGCUUUUCACAUUUGGAGUCACUGCUGGAUGACGGCAAAGAACUACAGAAGUUCAAAGCUGUGGCAGCAAAGAGCAAACUGGACCUUGUAAAUCAGGGCUUCACUGAGUUCACUAUCGAAGACUUUCACAAUACGUUUAUGGACCUGAUUGAACUGUGUGAGAAGCAGCCGGCUCUUCGUGAGCUGCUGAACUCCUUCAAUGAUCAGUGUGUGUCAGACUACGUGGUGGUUUAUUUGAGACUGCUCACCUCAGGCUACCUACAGAGAGAGCAUGCCUUCUUCCAGCACUUCAUCGAAGGAGGACGCUCCGUCAAAGAAUUCUGUCAGCAGGAGGUGGAGCCAAUGUCCAAAGAAAGUGACCACAUCCACAUCAUAGCCCUGGCACAGGCGCUCAAUGUGUCUAUAUUGGUGGAGUACAUGGACCGAGGCGAGGGUGGCACGGUUAAUCAUCACAUUUUCCCCGAGGGCAGCGAGCCACGCAUUUUUCUCCUCUAUCGACCCGGCCAUUAUGAUAUCCUGUACAAAUAAAAAAUCCCACAAAUCCAUUACCGUGGUGGAGAAAACAGCAAAGAAAUGGCUAUGAUUAUUCAUACCUGGUAUUGCAAAACGUGCAAUGAACUAUUAUUAUCAUAUUAAACCCCCCCCCAAUGAAUGAAUGCAGAAAGUAAAGUGAGCAGUGAAACAGCAUUAGGCUUGUACAGUUUUUGUUUUGAUUUGAGGUUGUAAAUGUUCUGUUUGUUUUAGUGUUUUUCUUUGUCACUGAGUGAGUUUCAGAAGUUUUAUUAAAGGGAUCUUCACCAUAAACAUACAAA